CCAAAGAAAUCUAAAGCUAAACGAUCAGGACGUAGUAAAAAUGCCACCAAAACUAAAAUUGUAGUUCGCCGCUUGCCUCCUCUUCUUCCCGAAAAUUUAUUCCUGGAAUCUGUAAAACAAUGGGCAAAUGAAGAAACCAUUGACUGGUAUCGGUUUCAUCAAGGUCGAAUAAGUAAGAGUAAGAAUAAAGAGAAUAUAUUUUCUCGUGCUUACUUCCAUUUUAAAAACGUUGAGCAAGUUUUAGAGUUUCACCGUGGUAACGAAAAUAAAGCAGUAGUUGAGUUUGCAGUUUAUCAGAAGUUACCAAAAGAACAUAAAAAAUCAGACCCAAGACAGGGGACUAUUCAGAAUGAUCCUGAUUAUCUUGCAUUCCUUGAGUCUUUAAAGGCUGAUGAAAACCGACAGGCUACCUUAAAAGAGCCAGGUUCUGGAUUAGAGGGAGGCGCUACACAAUUGGAAAGACUGGAGGCGCGUUUGACGGGUGCUAUUGCUACAGCGGCUUCUAAUACUAUCGAAAAACCAAAAAGUACACCGCUCCUUGACCAUUUGCGAGCUCAAAAAUCUGGAGCAAAAUCUAAGUCACCGCCCCCAAAACAAUCGCAAGUGACUGUCCUUUCUCCACCUGGCUCUCCUGCAAAGAGUUCCAAAACCAAACAGAUGCAACAAAUACGAGGAAUACAGAUGUCUGAAGUGACUUUCCCCCCUGGUCCAGGAAAGCCCACUCGAAAAGAACGAGAACGCAAAAAAAGAGAAAAGGAGAAGGAAAGAAGAGAGAAGGACAGAAAAGAAAAAGAUAAUGAUAAAUCCAAAGAAAUAAAAGAUGAGAUUAUCAAAGAUGUUGAAAAAGAGAAAGAAUUGGGAGCUAUAAACGACAAAGAUCAAGAAAGACCCAAUGACAAAUCGAAAGAGCGAAACAAAGAGAAAGAGAGUCAUCGUGAAAAGGAUCGAGAAAAAAUGAGGGAAAGAAGGAAGGAACGAGAAAGACAAAAAUUAAAGGAGAAACAGAAGGUCCAAGCAGGAACUGCCAAGUCAGAAACUCCAGUAGUUACUAUCCUGACUAAACCGCAAGUUAAAGAGGAUAUAAAAUCCGACGCGAAAGAUAAGGAAAUCAAGAAAAGUACGCCUAUAAAAAUUACCAUUCAACAACGGCAAAAAGAUCAAAUCAGACAAAUUAUUAAAGAGUCUGUUAAAGAACCUGUUGUAGAAAGUCCAAAUGAAAUAUCAUCAACUACAACACCAGCUACGUCAAAUACAUCUAUUACCUCUGAGACCAAAGAGCAUCCUUUCAAUCGCCGCCGCGAAAGAGACCGCAGCAGAAAAGUAGGGUACGGAAUGGGUCGGGUUGGGCGUGCUUGA